AUCAUCAGCUUUUCCACGCCACUUGGUUCUUUGGCGUUGGCGGCGGCUACUUCCCUCACAUGCCAUCUUCUUCUUUUUUUUCCCCUUUCAAUUCCACCCACUUUUCCUGUGCGUUUCCCCCUCACUCCCUUCCCCAUAUAUAUAACCAUAAUUCCCAGACACCCUUUCGCCCCAAACCAAAGAAACACUCGUCAUAUUUUGUCGUCCGCUAUUUCUGUCUCUAUCUUUGUCUCUAAAUGGUCAUGGCUAGCCAUGAAGGCCAAGGGAUCAAGCUAUUUGGGGCAACAAUUACGUUGCAUGCAGGAAGACAAGUGAAAGAAGAACACAAAGAAGACGACCAUUCAAAAGCCGACAAGAGGCCUGACAAGAUCAUACCUUGCCCUAGAUGUAAGAGCAUGGAGACCAAAUUUUGUUACUUCAAUAACUACAACGUGAAUCAGCCCAGACAUUUCUGUAAAGGUUGCCAGAGGUACUGGACUGCAGGUGGUGCCCUUCGGAACGUUCCGGUAGGGGCUGGUCGCCGGAAAGCGAAGCCAGUACCGGGUCGUGGUCUUGCUGGGUUUCAGGAGGGGUACUUGUUUGACGGCUCUAGUGGGGUGCACGUGCACCAGUUUGAGUUGGAGGGGAUGGUGUUGGACGAGUGGCACUCGGCGGCAGCGAAUGGUGGUUUCCGGCAAGUUUUCCCAAUGAAGCGGAGGCGAAUAAGCUGCUCAGGAGAUCAUGGGGACUCAUGUGGCCUCUCAGUAGACCAAAAUCAACCCACUAGUGAGGAGUCCAUGAUCCAAUUCCAUUAAUCCAAACCAGCCGCAAAAUUUAUCAAGCGAUAUGGAUGGGAUGGGAAAGCGAAAGCAAAACCAUGAUCAGCACCAGCAUCCUCUUUGAUUAUGCACCUGCUAAAUUUUGACGGAUAAGAUGGGACAGGUUGGUCGGACAAUAGCAAAGAUUCUUCGGACAAAAGGUUGAUUGCUUGAAACAGUUAAAGCUAAUGUAAAUGGAUAACAUCUAGAUUUCGGAGCCAGGCCCAGAAGAACUUUAAUCUCAUCAAAUCAUAUUCAUCUGAGAUUUUGAUAUAAAAAAGCAAACCGACAUGAUUAUAAUAUAAGCAUGUACAGAUGUUGCAGUAGGGAAAACAGAUGCCUUGAGGUGAGGUUAUAGGAUUAGGCAUCUUAUCAACUACCAUGAAGUAAAUUUCCUACUCAGAUUAGUCGAAACUUGUUCUUGUAUCUUUAGAGAUUAAACAAGUGCAUUUGACCGAGUAUGUAGCUUCACAAAGAAUAAGAGUAAUAUUCCAUUGUAAGACUUUCUACACAGUUCCUUUUUUACUUUUUCCUUGUAUCUGUUCUGUUAAAUAGAGUUCUUUCCAGAAGGAAUUCGUGACA